AAAUUUCGAGAAAUGGCUUAGUCUACCCAAAAGUCUUAAAAAAUUAUUUAUUCUUUAUUCUUCUCGACUCAAUAUUUUCAAGUUAAGAUGGUGUCAUUAGAACGCUUCUCCAUCAAAGUCAGGGACUAUCUGUAUUAGGGAUGCCACAAUUCUCAAUAUGAUAUUGAACCGUUUGGUACGACAUCCACGGUUCAGUACGCGCUUUUGAAGUUCGUUUUUUUCGGUUUUACGUUUAAAUAAUUUAUGCGUUUUUUAUUUCUCUCCGAAUCGACUGUUUGUGUGUGCCUGUAAGUCUACAAGCUGAGAUGAGGAAACUCCUCCCCCGCGAGUAAAUGUUCAAUCACUAUGCUCUAAAGUUAGGGGGCGCUGAACCAUCAUUCCACACUUUAACAUGGCGAGCGGUGGUGAAGUGAGGCUACAGUACGUGGCGCCGGCGUCUUUUAAAUCUGUGGUGUGGAGACAUUUCGGUUUUGCUGUUGAGUAUAAUGCCGAGGAAGAAAAAACGGUAAACAAAAAAAUGACUGUCUGCAAGCAUUGUUUUACACGUGUAGCCUACUCAAACGGAAACACUUCCAAUAUGAUUGCACAUCUGCGGCGCCAUCACCCAGCAAUAUCAAUGUCUGAAGGCAGGAUAGCAGAGCAGGUAAUAAAGUCCUCCAAAAAACAACAGUCCCUCGCUGAAUCCUUCCAGCAUACAUACCCAACUGGUUCCGAGAGACACAUGAAAAUAACACAGGAAGUGGGGGUGUUCAUUGCCAAAGAUUUGCAGCCGUUUUCGGUGAUUGGAGAUGCGGGCUUUUGUCAUCUUAUAAAAACACUUGAUCCACGUUACAGACUACCGUCUCGCACUUUUUUCAGCUCCGAGAUAAUUCCCGACCUCUAUGAAAAGACAUGCAACAGUAUUGUGUAUGAAUUGGCUCAAGCAGAGAGCCUUGCUCUGACCACAGAUGGUUGGACCUCGCGGGCAACCGUGAGUUACCUCACUGUAACUGUUCACUACAUGUCGGAUUGGGAAAUGAAAAGCGCUGUACUCCAAACCCGUCCCCUGUAUGAAAGUCAUACAAGCGCUCAUUGGCAGAAGAGUUGA